CACACAACCCUGCUCUGCAGGCAGAGGUGGAACUGGGUUUAGCUGAAGCAGCGGCUGCACCUUCCAAAAGGGGAUUUGCAAGAACCAUCUUAGCGCCAGCCUUCUUUGCAGCCAGGAAGGAGGAGGGGUGCCCUGUUGCUUCAGACCGAAAACUCCCCUGGGUUCUGUAGCUGUGAUUUUGAAUGGAAAGAGGCAUAGGCAAAACAGAAGGGCUGAGCUUCUGGUGCAAAAAGGAGCUGUGAAAAGUAACAGGAGUGCAUAUUUCCCACCUCUGGUACUCAGAGCCCCACCAAGACCAGCCCCACCCUUGGGCAGACUGAAGCAGCUGCCUCGGGUGGUAAAUCUCCAGGAACCCUUCUGACCCUGAGAGGCGGCAGAAUUUCAUUUUGGCUUCCUUUUGGCACCGCCCCAUUCAUCCAGCAUCAUGGCGCUUCUCCAGGUGACUUUUGAGGAGGUGGCUGUGUAUUUCACUGAGCAGGAAUGGGCCUUGCUGGAUGCGAACGAGAGAGCCUUAUAUUGGGAUGUCAUGCAGGCGAACUACGAGCACCUGACUUCACUCGGUGUCCACCUCACCCCAACAGAUAGCAGGAUUUCAUCUUGGCUUCCUCUGGCACCCUCCCAUUCUCCUGUCAGCAUGGAAAUUCCCCAGGUGGUGGCUUUUGAGGAGGUGGCUGUGUAUUUCACUGAGCCGGAGUGGGCCUUGCUGGAUGCGAGCAAGCGAGCGCUUUACUGGGACGUCAUGCGGGAGAAUUACGAGCGCUGGGCUUCACUGGGUAAGUAUCCUGCCUGUUAUCCCUUCCCUUAUUAAACACUUGAGCCCUGGCAUCUUAAACUGGAUUUGUCUUUCCCUGCUACUUUUUAGCUUUAUUGAUAAUGGUGGGGAUCGUGAAGGCUGCCUUGGGUGUUUGUCACCUUUGAAGGUGAUCCGAAACUAAAAUUAAUCCAGAAUGCGGCAGCCAGAGAGAUGACUGGGAGCGGCUGCCGAGACUACAUAACACC